AUGGUGCACAUCGCGCGACGAGCGGCAGUCUUCCGACCCAAACUUCUCGACAUCCGCUCAGGCAUCGGUGCACUCAUACUACCCGCAGACGCAAAGGCACAACUGACCAGCGUACUUGUGCGAUACCGCAAAGUCACGUCAGCGGAGUUUCAAGAUGAGGCAACGAGGAGGAGAGUCCAGGGCGCAUACAACUUUGCCAAAUUCUACCUUCCACGGUUAAAAUACCACAACCCGACUCUGAAAAUCGACGUACAAAGGAGCGCGAGGCAUCCCAAUCAGAUCGAGCUCGAGUUCGAGUCCAAGGAUCCCGCAGCUCUGCUAGCUCUGGAGUUCCCGAGGAAGAAUGUCGGGGAAGCCGCCAAAAGUUCCAGAUCUGCCGCGACGGCGUACCUCGAUUCAGCAGCCAAGGCAGAACAAGCAGCGUUAGAAGAGCUCGAGGCGGAGUCAUCAACACAGGAGGUGACAGAAGCCGCAGCAGAUACGGCAGCGAAAACACCACCAGAGACCGCACCAGACUCCAUAGCAGGGACUGCGAUCGAUACAGCUUCCGCAAUAGAAGCCGCAGUAGAUCCCACGACAGGGCUCUCAACAUCGAAGGACCAGACCAAAACCCCCCAAGAGAAACCCUUCUCCUCCCCACAAGAAGAAAAAGCCUACGCCGACCUCGCCUCCAAAAUCGCAACCGCCAUUCCCACCCUCAAGAUCCCCGAAGGCCGCAAGCCGCCCCCAACCUACCGCGUCCGCGUCAAACCCGACGACAGAGGCCGCUAUCCCACCACCAACCCAACCUACACACGCAAAAUCCAACUCCCCGUCAACGACCGCGAAGACGUAUGGAUUUUCAACUGGUUCAAGAACCGCACCGGCGCGAAGGAAGUCACGAACGCAGAGGACAGGAAGAUGAGGGAAGCAUUCCAAGAGAAGGAGAAGCGGGCCGUGGUCGAUCGAGCAGCGUUCUACGAGCGGCUGGCGAUCAAGAAGAACCAAGAGGCGACGCUGGAGGCGAUCAGGAAGCGGGCCGAGCAGAAUGCUGCUGAGGCUAACGCGCCGGCUGGAAUGCCUGUUUGA